UCCGCCAUCUUUGUUAUCGGAGUGACCUGAUUGACUAUUUAAUCCGUAUAAUCGACGUUCAACUGUCUAACCUGACAAAUUUGCAAAUCUGACUUGAACAGCGGAAGUAAAAUUCUAGGAAACCAGACGUGACUUCCGGUGAUGACGUAUGCUUCACCUCAUGCUAUUGUGAACAUUGGAAAGGACACAUUCAGUAAAUAUAACUGUGUAAAUCACUGACAGACCAGGACAUAUUGCUGGAGUAUGUGUAUAGACCAUGUAUGAUGAAGAAAACGACUGACAAAUGUGCAGAGAGGUGCCCAGUGACCUACAGCUCUUCAUUCAGACGAGGUGAUCUAAGAAGUCUUAUCAGUACAACAAGAUUUCUCAAAUAAAUUUCAAAACGCAAAUUUUAUCUUGAGUAAUCUCAUGAUGGAAGGUUCUGGAUGUGAAGCAGAGACUCCUAUGUUACAGUAUAAGAAUUUGUCUGAGUUUGAUGAAGUUGCAGUUUACUUCUGUGAGGAGGAAUGGGAUAGUCUGACGGAAGAGCAGAAGGAACUUUACAAGGAUGUGAUGCUGGAGAAUUACCGGUCCCUUCUGUAUUUAGGAUUGGCCAACCUCAUGCCGUCGGUUGUCUCAAAAAUUGAACGAGGGGAGGAACCGUAUAUUGGUGGAUGCCCAAAGAUCAAGGCCGAGACAAUUCCAGUAAAUAAACAUAUAGGUGAAUCAGUGAGCUUGAAUUCUUGUGGGCUGCUUUGUAAGUCACUGUUGCCUUCAGAAGAUAUUAUAGCAGAAUGUUAUGAAGAGACAAAUCCAAAUGACCCACCUAUGUUUAAUAAUUUAAACCCAGGUGUGAUUCCCGCAGAGCCUUAUAUGAAAAUGCAUACAGAAAAUAAAAGCAGAGAAAACGGUGAUCAUUUUAGUGAUAACAUUGCAGAAACCAUUAAAACGUUGAGUGCUGUUCAUCAGGCAAUUUUUACUAAAUCCAAACCAUUUCAAUGUUAUGAAUGUAAGCAACAGUUUACUACUAGUUCAUCCCUUGCAAGGCAUCAUAGGAUUCAUACAAAAGAAAGAUCAUUUUUAUGUUCUGAAUGCGGGAAAUGCUUUAGCAGAAGUACAUUGCUUGUUAAUCAUCAGAGAAUUCACACGGGUGAGAAGCCAUUUGUAUGCUCUGAAUGCGGGAAAUGCUUCUCUUGUAACGGAACUCUUAUUACUCACAAGAAAAUUCAUACCGGUGAAAAACCAUUCACUUGUCUUGAAUGUGGUAAAUGCUAUAACCGAAAAGCACACUUAAUUAGACACCAGAGAAGCCAUAAAGGAGACAAACCAUUUGAAUGUUUCGAAUGUGGAAAAUGUUUUGGUAACCGCACACACCUUAGAAGACAUCAGAGGACGCACACCGGGGAGAAGCCAUAUUCAUGUUUGGAAUGUGGAAAAAGUUUUAGUAGUAGAGUAAACCUUGUUGUCCAUCAGAGAAUUCAUACAGGAGAGAAGCCUUACAAUUGUUCUGAAUGUGGGAAGUUCUUCAACAGCUAUGCACAUCUUAUUCGGCAUAAGAAGAACCACACAGGACAGAAACCUUUUACAUGUUCCAAAUGUGUAAAAAGCUUUGUUUCUAGUACAGACCUCAUUAGACAUGAAAUAAUUCACAUGGUUGGAAAACCAUAUCCAUGCCCCGUAUGUGGUAAAUGCUUCAGCAGAAGCUCACAUCUUAUUAGGCAUCAAAUAAUUCACACAGGAGACAAGCCAUUCACAUGUUCAGAAUGUGAGAAAUGCUUUAAUGUUAAAUCUCAUCUUCUCCGGCAUCAGAAAAUCCACACUGGGGAGAAACCCUACACAUGUUCUGAAUGUGGCAAAUGCUUUAAUGUUAAAUCUCAUCUUCUUCGGCAUCAGAAAAUCCACACUGGGGAGAAACCCUACACAUGUUCAGAAUGUGGCAAAUGCUUUAAUCUUAAAUCUCAUCUUCUCCGGCAUCAGAAAAUCCACACUGGAGAGAAACCCUACACAUGUUCUGAAUGUGGCAAAUGCUUUACCAGAAGUUCUGGGCUUGCCAAACACCAAAACACUCACACAUGAUAGACAUUGCUUUUUUAAUAACUGUGAAAAUAAUAUUAAUAUUCAUUAUGGUGUGAUAAAUUUUCUUAUUAAAUAUGUUAUUAACCCUGCCACUCA